AUGUUAAGUAUAACUCCUUUUAUUGUUACAAUUAUUUUAGUAAACUUCUCUUCUUGUUUAUAUUCUGUCCUUGGCGCCGAUAACACUGGUUUGGCAACAUGGUAUGGGACAGAAACCGGUUCCGGAAAAGCUGCUGCUUGUGGAUGGGAUGACGAUUCUAAAGAUCCCCCAUUCUCGUCCAUGAUAGCAGCAGGAAAUGCUAAAUUCUUUCUUAAAGGCCAGGGAUGCGGACAUUGCUUUGAGGUAUUUUGUUCGCGUAAACCAUAUUGCACAGGUAAACCAAUUAAAAUCACGAUCACUGAUGAGUGUCCUGGAAAAUGUAACGAUAUACCUUACCAUUUUGAUUUAAGUGGCCAUGCUUUUGGUGCUAUGGGACCUCCUGGCCAAGAGCAUGCUCUACGAAUGCUAGGCCAAGUCGACAUUCAGUUCAAAAAGGUGCCAUGCAGCUAUGGAAGUACGAAGAUCGCCUUCAAAAUUGACAAGAAAACCAACCAAUACUGGUUUGCGACAGCAAUAGAAUAUGUUAAUGGGGAUGGUGCUUUAAGUAAAGUGGAAAUGGCAUCAUCUGGUUCUCCACUUUUUACUCCAAUGAAAAACAUAUGGGGUGCAGUUUGGCAAAAAGACACGGCUGUAUUAUUCAAACCUCCAUAUUCUUUCAAGCUGACGUCAGGUGAUGGGAAAACCAUUACAGCUAGUAAUGCGGUUCCUGCAAACUAUAAACCUGGUCAAAAGUACUCAUCAACUGUAAACUUUUAAGUAGUUAUGCUGGAUUUCUUGAA